AUGCCGCUGAACCAACUGCGCAGCUGGCUGAAGGCUGUGCUCUUUGGACUCCUGCUUCUCCUCCUCCAUGUGCAGGGUCAGGACUCAUCAGAGGCCAGGCCUAUCAGGAACACACACACAGGCCAGGUCCAAGGCAGUCUCCUCCAUGUGAAGGACACCAACAGUGCUGUCCAGACCUUCCUGGGAAUUCCCUUUGCCAAGCCACCUGUAGGACCACUGCGCUUUGCACCUCCUGAGGCCCCUGAACCAUGGAGUGGUGUGAGAGAUGGGACCUCACAUCCAGCUGUUUGCCUACAAAAUGUUAUGAUGAACGUGGAAGGCCUGAAGGAGAUGAACCUGACCCUGCCUCCCAUCUCUAUGGCCGAGGACUGUCUGUACCUCAACAUCUAUGCACCGGCUCAUGCCCAUGAGGGCUCCAGCCUGCCUGUGAUGGUGUGGAUCCAUGGUGGUGCUCUGGUUGUAGGCAUGGCUUCCAUGUAUGAUGGAUCCACACUGGCAGCCAUGGAAGAUGUAGUUGUGAUCACUAUCCAGUACCGUCUGGGUGUCCCAGGCUUCUUCAGCACUGGAGACCAGCAUGCCAGAGGUAACUGGGGCUUCUUAGACCAAGUGGCCGCCCUACGCUGGGUCCAGCAGAACAUCGCCCACUUUGGAGGCAACCCUCACCGGGUCACCAUUUUUGGUGAGUCAGCAGGUGGCAUAAGUGUGUCUUCACACGUUGUGUCGCCCAUGUCCAAAGGACUCUUCCACAGAGCCAUCAUGCAGAGUGGAGUGGCCCUGCUGCCUGGUGUCAUAUCCAGCUCCGCUGAGGAGGUUUACCAAACGGUGGCCAACCUAUCUGGAUGUGGGGCCAAGGACUCAGAGACCCUGGUGCACUGUCUGAGAGGCAAGAGUGAAGCAGAGAUUCUGGCCAUUAGCAAGGCCUUCAUGAUGAUCCCUGCUGUGGUGGAUGGGGAGUUCCUACCCAAACAUCCCAAAGAUUUGUUGGCUUCUGCGGAUUUUCACCUUGUCCCCAGCAUCAUCGGUGCCAACAAUGAUGAGUAUGGUUGGAUCAUACCCAAGGUCAUAGGCUCUGCUCAGACAAUAAAGAAAAUAACCAGAGAGAACCUUCUGGCUUUUCUGAAGAAUACAACAGCAGAAAUGAUGCUGCCUCCUGAGUGUAGUGACAUGCUAAUGGAAGAGUACAUGGGGGACACUGAGGAUCCCCCAGCCCUCCAAAUGCAGUUCACAGAGAUGAUGGGAGAUUUCAUCAUUGCGAUCCCUGUACUCCAAGUAGCACAUUUUCAGCGUUCCCAUGCCCCUGUCUACUCCUAUGAGUUCCAACAUCAAUCCAGCUUCCUCAAAGAUUUCAGGCCACCCCAUGUGAAAGCUGAUCAUGGGGAUGAGGUUCCUUUUGUCUUUGGGUCUUUCUUCUGGGGCAUGAAACUUAACCUCACUGAGGAGGAGACGCUACUGAGCAGAAGGAUGAUGAAGUACUGGGCCAACUUUGCAAGACAUGGGAACCCAAACAGUGAGGGUCUACCCGACUGGCCCAUAUUGGACCAUGAGGAGCAGUACCUGCAGCUGGACGUCCAGCCUUCUGUGGGCCGAGCCCUGAAGGCCAGCAGGCUGCAGUUCUGGACCAAGACUCUGCCCCAGAAGAUCCAGGAGUUAACAAGAUCUCAGAACAUGCAUAAAGAGCUCUAGUGCCCUGUGUGAGGAACGGUGUGUGCGGUUGCCUCUGAUGGAGUCAGCUUCAGGUUCCUUAUACUGUCGAACCUGAGUUGAUUCUAAUAUUCACAUCCUCUCGCGUUCGUCUGCUCUUCUUACUAAUCACAAAUCCUCUACACAUGACUCCUUAUCCUACUGGGUCAUCUUUUGUUAGACACAUUCAAUAAGUACUCCCAUAACAGUGUGGGUUUGCGAGCCCUGUAGUGGCCCAUCUCCUUUACACUGCACUGGGACUAGGACCUUUCCUCCCUUCUUUCCUCACCUCAUCUGUCGUCCUCACUGUCCUCUUUUCUAUGACCAAAAACUCUCUUUAAGUAAAUCAGAAGCUUUGGAAAACAUUGAUAUGAGUUCUUUGGAAAACUAUGUGACAUGGGCAGGUGAUGUCAAAAUCACAUGCCCUCUCUCAUCAACUUUGUACUUUUGGAGACUAUGAAUUCCUAGGUUAAGAUAUUUCCAUGUGUGCUCUCUGACACAAAGAUGAUAUUUUGUGUUUUCACUGAGUAGAUGGGAUAAUUAAUAGUUCUCAUGACCCAGGCUUCCCAUAGCUUUACCUCUUAUUACCAUCACGUUGGAGCUUAAGUUUCAGUAUAGAGAUA